AUGGAACAUUAUACUGUCACGUCAAUUACACAGACAGUCUCCGCUAUGCUGUUCAAUUAUAAAAGUAAUAAUACAACUGGUGCAGGAGGGAAUGGUAAUAAUGGCGGAGGCGGUGUAAGUAGUAGUAGCAGUAAUAAUAAUAAUUCAGCUUCAAAAAAUGGUAAUAUAACAAAUUCAACAGAUGCUCUUCCUAAACGUCUAACAAAAGGAAAAGAGCCUGGGAAAGAAGUACCAGUUGUAAUAUUACGUAGAUAUAAAAGAAUUCAUAAAUUAAAGGUUAGAGAUUACGCAACAAAAGAAGAAUUGGUGGCAGCUGUAACUCGACAUUAUGCAACACAAACUGUUAAAGAGGUUGAUAUGAUCGCGUCAUUUAUUUACGCUGUGCAAAAUAAAGACAACACAUUGAAGUUACCGAUUCCUUGA